CUAACCGUGGAUAUAAUAGUUUGGUCAUCCAAGCUGAUCUGAGACAACCCUAUUAAACAGUCCUUAAGAUGGCAGCCUCCGUCAGACAUUUACUGAAACCUUGGACACCGAGUCUGUGUUUGGUGAGAUGGAGUCGGUAUAAUCCAUACUAUCUGGAUCCUGAUCCCAGUAAAGAUGCUGUUGUCCCAGAAUCAGAGCUCAGUCCUGAAGAUAAAGAGCUGCAGGAACUGAAAACUGUGAGUCCGAUCAAAGCAGCUCUGUCCAGCGACACCAGCUCUGCUUUCAGUGACCCUCUGAUCAGCAAGUUCAUUAACAUGAUGAUGGAAGAUGGAAACAAAAUCCUUGCUAGAGGAAUCAUGACACAGACGCUAGAGACCAUAAAGAGAAAACAGGUGGAGAAAUACCACAAAUCUCCAGCAGCUAAGAGAGAAGAGAUCGAGUGUAAUCCAUACACCGUCUUCCAGCAGGCUCUAGAGAACUGCAAACCCAUCAUUGGACUGGCCAGUGUCCAGAAAGGAGGCAAAUCUUAUCAGGUGCCCGUUCCUCUCACAGAUAAUCGACGGCGUUUUCUGGCCAUGAAGUGGCUGAUCACAGAAUGCAGAGACAACAAGCACCGUCGCACACACAUGUACGAGAAACUCUCGCAGGAGCUGCUGGCUGCAUUCGCUAACGAGGGAAAUGUAGUGAAACGCAAACACGACCUUCACAAGAUGGCCGAAGCCAACAGGGCAUACGCACACUACCGCUGGUGGUAGAGCGAGGACGUCUGCGCUCCUAGUUCACCCACAGACGUGACAGCAUCAGGCGUUUGGGAUGGAUGGGCAUCUCAAAAAAGGACAUGACAAAGUAUCUUAUCUCGUCUUCAUGUGAAAGUAAAUAAAGCUAUCAAAAGUCACAUUUC